UGAUUUUUCCUCCCGACCCUCGUUCUCACCUGUUCCGGCUCGUUGUGGUUCUAUGAACGAUAGCUGAAGAGAUUCUACCUGAGGAACUGCGUGGAAAUUUUGUUUCGCCGGUUUGCCGAGGUGAUAAGUCCAGAGUCUCGAGGUUCGCUUGUAAUUUUUCGCGUUGCCAUUGUAUUCCUCUGUAGAGAGGGUUUGCAAAAGGGUCGUAGGUGCACGCGGAGCAGAUUUUUGGCGAGUUUGAAAGGAUAUCGAACGGGAAUUUUGAGGGUGUAGUUGUUUGAGCAACGGCGGGACUAUAUCAGAUUGCGAUAGAAACAUUUUUUAGCGACCCAACGUUUUAUUUCGUUGAUUGUACAAAAAUUGACGGUGACGGGUUUUUGGUUAAAUUUUUGACUGUUCGGUGAAUUGUAUAUAAAUGUACGAUAAUGUGUUCAAAUUUCAUUUGUAUCGGGAAACUCGACCAGUCGGAGACUCUUUUCUUUGUAACUAUAAUUUUUAUCGAGUGUACGAAGUAGAAAAGACUGUUUGGCAUUUUUCAUGGGAUAUUUUUAAUUACGGUAUAAUAUAAUCUCUUGAAUGCGAAAGAGAAUCUCUGCGAGCUUCGGCGUUUGUCGGAACUUGUCAAACCUGUAGGCAUUAGCGACAGCUAAUUAACAAAAAUUUGGAUCGUUUGGUAACCAGAACAAAGCAAAGUGCAACGGAGGUUGAUUUCCGCGAGUCUGCGAAGUUCACGGUCCUUCGUUAAAUUCGAAGGAGUGUCUACCGGAGAAGCGUUGGAGAAUUUUUUACGAACAACUCGAGGAAAACAAAGUCGCUGAAACGCAAUGUCCAUUGCGGAAGCCCAAGGUCCUGUCCAAGGAUAAUCGUUUCUCUCUGUAUCGUUCCGCAAAAGUUUCCAAUAACGGAAACGACUCGAGAAGACAUCCUCCGCGGCUCGAUAUCCGCGCGCAAUCGUGCGGAUAAACGCGCGACGUUACCCAGGGCCGAGUGUUUCAACUUUUACAGAUCUCACCCUGUAACGGGCGAAAGGGUGUGUGUUAAGGGGGUUGGCCGCGUGUAUGGAUUUUUGCGUGCUCGUGUGCACCACGGUACGUCGCCUCUGAUAAAAUUUUAUCGCCUUCGACGCCUCGGCCAUUACGCUGUUCCUUUUAAUGCAACUCCACGCGCACUAUUCUGUCUUUUUCCUCGUCAUUAUCACCGUUUUCAUUAUAAUUUUAAGAUAUAGAUUCGAUCGAUUUGAUUUACGAAUUUUGGCAAAGAUUAUUUUAAUUUUGUUUGCCAUCCGAUUGACAGAUCUGUUAAUUUGGUAUCUGUAAUUAUUUUCACAGUUAUUUCUUCGUCAGAUUUAUACUUUUAGAUUAACUUUUGAAGUGACGUUUUAAAUGAAGUUGAUAUUAAAUGCGGUAUAAACAUUUGAUCGAGUAUUUUGAUCGAACUAUUUAUUUGUAAGAUUUUCAAUUUUUAUAAUAUCAGACGAGAAUCUCUCUGUUUUACGAUCAAUUUUUCAAGACCGUCACGAAAUAACGUUUCGCUCGAAACAUUCCAUUAUCGUACGAAAAAUUAACCGGAGCCGAUUACGUGUGUUCGAUCGUUGCGAAAAAUCCAGUUCCAGAUUCCACCUUCCCUGCCACUUCGUGCAUUAUCAAGCCCUGCUUCGAAUUAGAAUCCAAUUUCCUGUCUCCCGCGUUUUCACUCUACACCACUUCCAAAAUCCGCCUGAAAAACCAUCAUCCCUUUCUCAAAACUCGUUACGUUCCUAACCCCAAGAACGUCAAAGCAAAUUGCCUGUGACCCGUGCGAAAAUAUGCUCUGAAAAACCACUCGUCUUCUCGAAAUUUCAGGAUAGUGAAAAGAAUAUUCUAAUUUUCUAUAAUUCCUUCAAAAAUGUAUAUAUCCCGUUGCUUAUGAGUGCUUUUCAAUUUCUUCGAAUCUGAAUUAUUUGUAAUUGUAAAAAUACUAAGCCCAACGGACAGAGACUAGUUCCUAACUUCACAAUUACCGGCGGAAAUACCUGCAUUCGUAUAAGGUAGUAUCCAGUAUUAGUAAAUGCAACGAAUUCGCAUCAUUCUCAGUUUCGAGUUCUCGUCAAAAUUCCGUCAAUUCGACCACCUUCGAUUUCGAAAGAUAAGUUCCACGUUAAAUCCAAAAAUUUCUCCCGAACACCGAUCGGAACCACCCUCCACCGCCGCCCAUUCGACAUCAUUGGCUCCAACCCAAAAAAAAACUCCCCCCCCCUAUGACCCUUGAUCUGUUCCAUUUUCUCAUUCAGACUUGGGAAACUUUACGAAUACCCAAGUGUCGGAAUACUUCGGCGCAAAUCGAGGGCAAGGUGUUUCAGAAUCCCAGGUAUCUCGAACGGGACGAAAGCAAGCGGACAGGCAGGCAAGCAGUCAGAGACAGACAGGCAGGCAGCUAGUGAACGAGAAGGAAGAUAGUGGCGUACGGAGAAAGAACGGAGGAGAACUCGGUGGGGCCAGCCAAGAAGGAGCUUCUGAUCCGACGGGGCAAUUGGACACGAGCCAGGGAGACGGAACGGGACGGGCCGAAGCGGUCAUUACUCUUCAAGGACCACCGAGGAGGCGAAAGGAUUUCAGGAGUUGGAAACAUUACUCGAAGGAAAACAACAUUUAUCUAACAGGGCAAGAUUCCUAGACGAGGACAACCGGGUCGAUUUUCCCGCGGGCAACAUCCCGGAAGCGACGACAACGACUGGACCGUCGCCAGUGGACAUCGUGGACGUCGAUAUACAACAGCCAGCACACGACCACCCCCUGUCGCUCGCUCGGCCUCGUGUAUCGUCUCUCUGUGUACGUGGCUGCUGUCUGUGUCUCCGUCCGUCUGUCGGCGCGUGUACCCGCGUACGAACGAUAAUGCUGGCGGCUGACGGUUUCGGUGAUCGACGACGACGCGGCCGGUGAACUAGUGACAGUGUGAAAUCGAUCGUGAGCAGGGAAACCGGCUAGCGGUCGCACUAAAUAUACCCGGGAAUAAUGGCCAGCGCGACAAUGGGACUCCGUCGCAGAGUGCCGGUGAACAAUUCGCCGACCCCGUCGGGCCAAUCCUCGUCCACCGGCUCGUCCAGCAAGCGUUCUAGAUCCGAGAACAACAACAGCCCGUCCCAUGGUAAUCUCAACUCUAUGCCACGGGACGAGCCACCGACCAAGAAGUCACGUGGCACGUCGACCAACGCGACCAAGGGCUCGUCGUCCUCGUCGCCGGAAACCAGUCCCUCGUCCAAGAGUCGAGGUGGUUCCGUGUCGAGGUCCAACGCCCAAUCCAAGACAUCCUCGGCAUCCGUGUCCACGUCAGACGCGGUGUCCAACAACAGCGUGUUGUCCAAUAGCUGGCAGACCUCGUCGAACAUGUCCGAUGUGUCGACGUACGCAUCGGUAGCCGGAUUGAGUAUGGCCGCGAGUCCAACCGCUGGCCUGUGCGCCGGUGGUCUCAGCAUGCCCACUCCGAUCCCGUACAUGUCGUCGUCGAUGGCGACGUUCGUCGGAAAUGCCACCAACCUAGGCAAGAGCUCGUCCGUGUCGUACCUGGACAUUUCCAACAUGACCGGUGGCUCUUUGAGCACGUCCGCUGGCUUGAACAGCGGCUACGUCGGCAACGGGAACGCUGGCAACGCGAUGGACUCGAAGAACGGCGUACCCAUGCCGUUCCCUGGAAUGUCGGCUGGCGUGAACGGCGCUGGUUACGGGAUGCAAAAGGGUCAACCAGAGAACGCCGGUCUACCCAAGAAAUUCCAAAACGACGGAAUGUUCAACGCGUAUCAACCGUGGGUGAUCAAAACGUACGGAGAUUUGGCGAAAACUAAGACUAUCACGAUCAAAAAGUACGCUCGUAUAUUGCGAACGCUGAGAGGUGAGGAAGUGAACAGUGCGGAGAACAGUAAGUUCCGGUUCUGGGUGAAGAGCAAGGGCUUCCACAUCGGCCAGCCGGAAGGAUACGACGCGAAACCGGCGGACAGGAUUAUCGGCCGUCACGCGGUGACGAGUCCCGGAUUGGAUCCUCCGUUGUACGUGCCCACACAGCUGCCGCACAACAAGACGUUAAACGGCGCCGAGGGUACCGUUCCACCCGGAAGAGUGUACAAGAAAGUCGCGAUCGUUGAAAACUUCUUCGACAUUAUUCAUGCUGUCCAUGUUGACCUUGAGGGUCGUCCGGGGAAGCAUGCCGGUCAAAAGAGAACGUACAGGACGAUCACCGAAACGUACGCGUUUCUUCCCCGAGAGGCUGUAACGCGAUUUCUUUUGGGAUGUACGGAAUGCCAACGACGCCCGCGGACCCCGAGCCCGACGAAUUUAUCCAAUCAACCGCAGCCCACGUCGGCGACACCGUUGGCGACGACCACGCUAACGUCUACGACGACGCCAUUAAGCCCGAAUGCCCUCUCGACCACGUCGACGACGGUGCAAAGCAGUCCCAAGCUGCGCGAGGGAAAUCACGGCGGCGAGGGCAAGCCCCUGUACAGUUAUAGGCACCAAAGGCAUCAGAAGGGCAGCGCCGUACCAUCGACAACGGAGAAAACCGAAAAGGAGAAAGAGGAGAAGUACAAUCCCUUGAGUAUCACGAAUUUGCUGAAGAAGGAGCCAGUAACCGGUAGCUUUUUGCCGAGCGCGGACAGCCUACCGGACUCGAGAAGAACCCCGGAAUCGGACCGGGCGAGCUCGAGAAGUUCGGCCUCGUCCAAGAGGAAAAGGAUGCUGCCAGAGGGUCGAACGCCGUCCCCUCAGCCCAGCCAACCGUUGCCAAGGCCGUGGAGCCCUGGACUCGAUCCUAAGAACACGCCCAUCGACUACAGUCUUCCCAUCACUACCUCGUACCUGAAGCAUCAGCAGAGGCUACUGCAGCAGGCGGAGAAGAACAAGGCUGCAGCGAUCAAGGAGACCGAGCUCGAGCAGAAAGUGACCGUUCUGCCGGCGGACGAGAUCGUCGAUACCGUCGAGAGGGACAGAUACUCCCCUGCUACCGGAUUAAUCGACACCAAUCUCAAUCUAUUGGCCACUAUUCAGCACCUGCAUUGCCAAGUGAUGCUGGCCCUCACGGAAAGACUCAGACCGUCGAUAACCAUGCCAAGCCCGCUCGUUCUGCCCACGGCGGCCAACGUGCUGACCAAUGGAAUGAUGAUAGGCCCCGAGGUGUCGGUACAAACCGGCGAGAAUCGUACGUGAAAGAAAGGACGCUAUUCGCGAAAGAUAUGAAAGAAUCCUGGAGCGUUCUAUUGACUCUUCCCCUCGUUGGAAACUUCUGUUGCGAAAGAGUUUUUGUUACAGCCGUCGCAGCCGGGGAGACGAUACGAUGGAUAUAUUGUUCUAAUCGGACGUUGAGUAUAAAAAAGUAUAGUUUUCUAUUAUAUUCCGUUAGGUGGUUUAAGAAUGGGAACGUGACAGGGGAAGCAGUCAUAAACAGACUCGAUCGAUACUAAUCUUAAUCUCGUCACUACCGUACACCGAAUUCCAUUAACGAAGGUACAGCUUUACGUUCAAGUUUCAGAUUUCACGAUCUCUUAAGAGACUCUUGAACGAUCUCAGCUUUGUAAAUCCUUGAGAUAUGGUGGCUUUAUUUUGCUUCGAAUAUAUUUGAUAGAAACGAUUCUUCAAAACUUUACGGAAUAAAUUUCCAACGUAUUCGGUAUACCGGAUCGAGAGAUAAUCAGACCUAACAUCCACCGAUCCAGCGUUCACGUUCUUCUACGAGAGAACGUUAACGCGGCCAAUAUCCGAUCCUAGCUGCCAUUCAAACUAUCGGCUAACGCGAUCAUCUAUUAAACCGGAUAAGAUCAAUUACUUGGUCGGCGUCGUGGCGUCAACGUCAGUUAAAGUCGGGACCGGGGCUGGAUCGGAUCUCGUUUCGUGCGCUCGAUAUAGACGGCGAAACGAGACGAAUUAUUCGUGAGUCUGUCAAAAUAUGGGUCGACUCUGUCGCACGUUGUCGAUUUAUGGAGGGAACGACCGCAAGCCGAGCACCGCAGGCCCUUCUAUCGCGCGAUCGAGUUCGAUAUUUUGAGAUCCGAGUGGAACGCGAUCCGCUCGUUAGACAGAGGUCCCCGAAAUGGACGGCGGUUUCGACAGGAGCUAGAAGGACAGCUUCUGAAUAUUUAACCGUCGAACAAGAUCGAUGAUGACCUCUGACUCGUUGACCCGCGACACUUUUCGGCCUUUCGUUUUAUCGUCGACGAAGUUCGACGAAUAUGCGAUAAUUUGGCACGGGAACAAAAACUAUCUCGUCGAACUCCGAGUUUAGAUAUCUGAUAACAAAUAUUCACCAUCUAUAUUUGCGAUAUACGAGUAUGUUCAUUUCGAUUUCACGUUGUUCGUUUUAAUCGUUCGUUGACAUUUUCAGUUUUCGAACGCGAGACUCGUCAUCGAUUCUUUGGAUACGUGAGACGCACAAUUACGUUCAAUUCGCAGCAUCCGAUUUCUCGUGAUGAUGAUUACGACGAAAUGGUGAUUAUAUUCAGAAGAGUAGAUUAAUAUUAAAGGACGAACAAAUAUAAUCUUCGUGUAAUCGGGACCUCACCUAGCGCGAACGAAUAUUAUACCAAAGGCAUCGUAAAAGGCCACGACGAGGAUCUCCUCUUUUUAGGGAAUUCCAUCGAAUCGUUGAUCGAUGUUUGAGCUAUCGUCGAGAACGAGACAGGUUCCACGGGUGUGACUCGUACGACGCUAAACAUUUUCGUAUUUGACCGUGUAGACUAGCCUUGUGUAUGAUAUUAAAAAAAAAAAAAAGUAUAGAAGGUAGUUUCUUCGUGUAUUAUAUUAUCUUGUCGUUAAAGACGCCGCGCAGGCGUGAACGUGUGAUCACGCGCGAACGUGUUCGUAUUAGGAGUUUGAUAAUCGUUGUGAAAGUAGAGACAGACGUUUGAAGAAAAUAAUGUAACUUAAGAGAAGGAACCUUCGAAAGUGUUGAAUAAUACCGAAUCUAUUAUUUUGUAUAUAAUCGUUGUAACAUAGCGCAGUUAGUCGUUAAGGGGUAAAGAAAAGAGCGCGCGGCUCUAUUAUUAUGAAUAUUAUUCCUAUUAUUAUUAUUAUUAUUAUUAUUAUUAUUAUUAAUAUUAUUAUUAUUAUUAAUAUUAUUAUUAUUAUUAUUAUUACUGCGACAGUUAUAAUCAUUAUAAUUAAUAAUUAAUUAUUAUUAUUUUAUUAUAUUUAAAUUGCACACGAACAAGAUGGGAAAAUAUAUAAAAUCGCAAAAUCCGAA